AUGGGCAAUGCGCAAUCCCCCCUCGAUUUUGUAUCCAACCGAUGGCCAAUUAUCGUCACUGCUCUAUUUGCCUGCUUAGUUGCCGCUAUAGGUCCCAGAGUUGUUAACGCUUUGCGACUAUGGACUAUCCCCACCAUUGGUGAGGAGCUUGGUAGCACAGAAAAGCGAAGACAAGCGUACUUGGCUGGAGCCAGGAAAUUGUACUCGGCAGGGUACCAAAAGUUCAAAGAUGGUGUUUUCCUGAUAACUACAUCGCGAACUUCUCCGACUAUCGUCAUCUCACCUGACUUUCUCCCUGAGCUCAAGAAACUGCCUGAUGCUACUCUAAGUAUGGAGGCUGCCGUUGAUGAGUCAAUGGAGACCAAGUACACCAAGAUCGAGACGUCAGUACCCAUCAUUCCGCACACCAUCAAAGGAGAAUUGACACCAUCGCUAUCUCGACUGAGUUUGACUAUCGCAAGCGAAGUUAGAGAUUCAUUGAAUCUUACCAUGCCACCAUGCGACGACUGGACAGAGGUCAACAUCCAUCACGCUCUCCUUCGUAUCGUCGGUAUGGUAUCAGGUCGCAUGUUUAUCGGCCCUGAGCUUUGUCGCUCCGAGCAAUACCUUGAUGCAGCCAUCAACUACACCAUGGAAGUCAUGGGUGCCCAGCGUGCCGUGCAGAACAUGCGGCCUUGGUUACGUCCUUUCCGAGCCCAAAGCCUUCCCGAGGUAAAGAAGCUGUAUCAGCGAAUCGCAGAAGCUGAAGCUUUCCUUGAGCCUGUGGUCAAAACCAGAACCGACGCAAUGAAUGAUCCGACUUAUGAGAAGCCGGAUGAUUUCUUGCAGUGGCUCAUCGACGGAAAGGACAAGUUCCCUGACAAGAAUAGCCAGAACCUCGCCAAGGUUCAGUUGGGUCUUACUUUUGCAGCGGUUCACACCACGACGCUGACAGCCACAAAUGCAUUCUACGACUUGGCGGCUCUGCCAGACCUGCAGAUAGAACUUCGAGAUGAGGUCCGUGAAGCAUUAGCGCAGAGCGGUGGCAAGUUUACGAGUAACGUCCUGCAGUCCAUGAAGAAGAUGGAUAGUUUUCUCAAGGAGACACUUCGAGUCCACCCUGCGACGAUGGCCUCCUUCCAACGUAAAGUUCUGAAAACAUUCACCCUAUCCAGCGGCCAGGUCAUCCCAGCUGGCGUGACAAUAGAGAUACCUGCUGUCGCAGUCAGCUCCGACUCCAAUGUCUUCCCACAAGCCGAUAAAUUCGACCCAUUGAGAUUUUACAAGCUUCGCACUGAAGCCAAGGACGGCGGUUCAGUUGAGAAGGCGGCAAACAACCAGUUUGUCAGUGUCAACCAGAGCAGCUUGACUUUUGGCUAUGGUCGACACGCAUGCCCUGGAAGAUUCUUUGCUGCAAACGAGAUCAAGAUGAUUUUGGCCCAUGCAUUGCUGCAGUAUGAUGUCAAGAAUGCGGGCGGUGCUACUGAAAGAUAUCCUAACAUGGAGUUUGCUCAUAUGUCUAUUCCGGAUCCUUCCAAGAAGCUCCGGUUCAAAUCGGUUGAGGUAUGA